ACCUCCUGAGCGUUGCCAUAGCGACGGCGACAAGAUGGCUUCUCUGAGCUCGGGGUUGGAGGGUCCUGACCCCGGGUCGCUGAGCGCAGAGCAGCUCUCCCGACUUCGGGAUUUCAAGAUCAGCACGCGCAUAGCGAACGAGAAGUACCUGCGCUCGCACAAGGAGGUGAAGCUGCUUCUGAGCGGCUUUUUCAGAGAAAUGUUUUUGAAAAGACCAGUGGACAUUCAAGAAUUUGCUGCAGACUACUUCACAGAUCCAAGACUUCCUGGGAAGAUACAGAUGCAAUUAAUUGAAUUACAAAAGCAAAAGCAAUUAGCAGAACCAUGACGUUCUGCUACUGGGAACAAAGGGUCAUAGGACAUUAAGAAAUCUGCUCUGUCAUCAUGGGUUCGUAAGUUGCCCUGGUCUUUGCCCCUUGUGUUAUAAAGCUCUGCAUUAAAAUGGACUUUUCCCUGCUUUA